AUGACCAUUUCGCUCCGCCCCGCCGUGCCCGCCGACGCAGCGACCCUCGCCGAAAUCAACAUCAAAGCCUUCACCGGCCAAGGCUUCAUCACCAACACAUUCCCAGGGGUCCCGCACGCCGUGAUCCACGAGCUCAAGGUGGCGCGGUACCUCAAGAAAAUAGCACACCCGCAGACGCACGUUAUUGUAGCCGAGGACGACGCGUCGGGCGCGCUUGUGGGCUGUGCGCGAUGGAUUUUCCCUGCCGCUGCUGAUGGGAAUGCUGAGGGGAAUGUGAAGGGGGCGGGGGAUUUGGUGGAUGAGGACUCGGCGGAGGCGGCGAGGGGGGCGGAGGACGCGCUGCCUGAGGGGACGAAUCGGGGCAUUUAUACGGGGUUUUUUGAGAUUUUGAAGGAGAAGGGGAAGGAUUAUCUACGGGAUGAUGAUGUUGUCCUGGAAUUCAUCGCCACGCUCCCGCAACACCAACGACAGGGCAUCGGCAAGGCACUCCUCCGCUGGGGAAUCGAGCGGGCGGAAGCCGAGAACAGGCGGAUCUACCUGGAGGCCACGACGGAGGGAUUGCCUGCGUACGAGAACAGCGGGUGGCGGGCGCUGGAGCAGGUGCAUAUUGACUACGCGCGAUGGGGAGGCCAGGGCACGCAGACUCUGACGCUGAUGUUGCGGGAUCCUUGA